AUGGCUCUCAAAUUGGUACUUGAUAACUUGAAGGUGCAGACUUUAAGUUAUGAUCACCGUGACCUAUGUAUGACUCUUCAUUUCAAUUUACUCAAAUAUCACUGCCAAGUCCCAAGAUCAUUUUAUUCGGCUUUUGGAAUUUUGCAUAGAAAUUGAUUUAAACCUAAUUGAUUCAAACUUGCAGAUAAUACAGCUUUUGGGUCAAUUAGAGAUAAUAAAUUCCAAGAGUUGAUUUUCAGAAUAUAUGACAUAAUCUGAAAAAUAAUUAGUUAG